UCAUGGUCCAACCUGACAACUAGACUUGGUCAAUGAUAUUCUCAAUAAGAGUACUGUGAUCUUCACUGCAGAAACUGAUAUCAAAAAAUGGCUAAGACAGGAGAAAACUUGACAGACAAAUCUAGAUGGAGCCUUGGAGGCAUGACCGCUCUUGUGACCGGUGGCUCCAAAGGCCUCGGAGAAGCUGUGGUGGAGGAACUAGCCAUGUUGGGAGCAAGAGUCCACACAUGUGCCAGAGACGAAACUCAGCUUCAAGAACGCUUACGUGAAUGGCAAGGAAAAGGGUUUCAGGUCACCACUUCUGUAUGCGACGUUUCUUCUCGUGACCAACGAGAGAAACUCAUGGAAACGGUUUCCUCUAUCUUCCAAGGAAAACUCAACAUCCUCGUAAACAAUGCGGGAACCGGUAUAACAAAGCCGACUACUGAGUUUACAGCACAAGAUUACUCGUUUCUGAUGGCUACAAAUCUCGAGUCAGCUUUUCAUAUCUCACAGCUUGCUCAUCCUUUAUUAAAAGCUUCAAGUUUAGGGAGCAUCGUGUUCAUGUCCUCUGUUGCUGGACUUGUGCAUACUGGUGCAUCCAUCUAUGGAGCAACAAAAGGAGCUAUGAAUCAGCUAGGAAGAAACUUAGCAUGCGAGUGGGCAAGUGACAACAUAAGGGUUAACUCUGUGUGUCCAUGGGUCAUAGCAACUCCUUUAGCCAGCGAAAUUUUCAUUGAUGAAGAGUUUAAAAAAGCAGUGGAGAGUAAGACACCAAUGGGACGUGUUGGAAAAGCAAAUGAAGUCUCAUCGCUUGUCGCAUUUCUCUGUUUUCCGGCAGCUUCUUAUAUAACAGGUCAGACCAUCUGCGUCGACGGAGGUGCCUCGGUGAACGGCUUCUCUUUCAAGCCUCGACCAUAAAACGUUGAUUGUUUUUUUUUCGUAUGAUGUUUCUUAAUGUUUACUGUGUUUUUUGUGUGUCUUUGAAAUAAACUCCCAACCUCUAGCAUCUUAAGGAGAUUUUGUUUUCUUAUUGUUGAUCAUAAACAAAAAUAUAAGGAGACCUUUAUCGGUAAAAGAA